AAAGCGUGCCACAUCGUGCAAGUUAUUUCCUUUGCGCCCAAGAAAUAUCGCCUAAUAUAAAAUGGACCCAAACUCGCCGGAGUCAGUACAAUCGUACUACACCUCACCUGAAACCGACGGCGCUACUGCUCCACCGACGGAAUCCGCCAUGGACGACCUCGCGACCGACCUCGAGAACAUCUACAAUCCACCAGAUCCACUAAUGACCUAUACCGAAAACAUGUCCGCCACUUACAAAUCGUCCGGUAAUCCCUGCCUCGACUUCUUCUUCCACGUCGUACCGGACACUCCCCGAGACUCCGUCGUCGACCGGCUGAAGCUCGCCUGGGAACACGACUCCGCCACCACUCUAAAGCUGAUCUGCAACCUCCGAGGCGUCCGAGGCACCGGAAAAUCGGAUAAGGAGAAUUUCUACACGGCGGCGCUCUGGCUGCACGAGAAUCAUCCGAAAACGCUCGCCUGCAAUCUCCGAUCGAUCGCUCAGUUCGGAUACCUCAAGGAUCUGCCCGAGAUACUCUUCCGACUCAUCGAAGGAAUCGAAGUGAGAAUCAAGAGAAAAGACGCCUGGAGAAGCUGUAGAAAGGGGAAAGGAAAAUCUAGAAAGUUCUACUUCCUCGCGAAGAAGAACAGCCGCAGCAAAGACGAUCCGAAAUCGGUAGAGGAGAAGCGGUUAUUAAGAGCGAGAGUGCCUCGGGAGAAACGAAUCGAAGCGAAUUCGAUCAAAGUGAAGGCGGAAAUGGAGAAGGCAAGACAACUGCGGACCUCCAAAAUCCUAGCUAUGGCGGAAAGAGCUUCCGAAAGAUACAAUCGCGAUUCCGAUUACCGAUUCCUCCACGAUCAGGUAUCAAAUCUCUUCGCCGAAUUACUGAAAUCCGAUCUUCAAUCGUUGAAUUCCUCUUCUCCAACCGAUCAGUUCAAACCUAUUAGCCUAGCUGCAAAAUGGUGCCCUUCCAUAGAUUCCUCUUACGAUAGAGCUCUGCUCCUCUGCCAAAACAUAGCUAAGUUAAUAUUCCCUCGUGAAUCAUCGCCGGAGUAUGAAAACCUCAUUGAAGAUGAAUACAUUUCUAGAGUGAGAAACAGGCUCCGGAAGGAAGUCCUGUCGCCAUUGCAUCAAGCUCUGAAGCUCCCCGAGGUUUCCAUGAGCGCCAAUCAAUGGCAAUCCGUCGCCUACAACCGCGUCGCCUCCGUCGCAAUGCGGAACUACACCGACACAUUCCUCCGCCGCGACAACAGCCGAUUCCGUGAAUAUCUAUCCGACGUGCAAUCCGGCAAAUCAAAGAUCGCCGCCGGAGCUCUGCUUCCGCACGAAAUCAUCGCAAAGAAUUCGAAAGGCAGCAGUGGGGCGCAGAUCGUCUCCGAGCUGCAAUGGAAUCGAAUGGUGAACGAUUUACGCGAGAAGGGGGAAUUAUCCAACUGUCUCGCCGUUUGCGACGUCUCGGGGAGCAUGUACGGAACUCCGAUGGAGGUUUCCGUCGCGCUCGGAUUAUUGGUCGCCGAGCUUAACGACGAUCCGUGGAAAGGCCGAGUGAUGACAUUCAGCCACGAUCCGCAGCUGCAUUUGAUUUCCCCGGGGAAUCUCCGCGCGAAAACGAGCUUCAUAGAGAACAUGGCCGCCGGAUUCAACACCGAUUUUCAGAAAGCAUUCGACCUGAUAUUGGAAUUAGCAGUAGCAGAGAAUUUGAGUGAAGAUCGGAUGAUCAAGAGGGUGUUCGUUUUUAGCGACAUGGAAUUCGACGCGGCUUCAAUUAGCCCGUGGGAGACGGAUUAUAUGGAGAUAUCGAGGAAGUUCCGGGAGAAGGGGUUCCGGAAAGUUCCGGAGAUCGUAUUUUGGAAUCUCCGGGACUCAUCGGCGACUCCGGUGAAGGCGACGGAGAACGGGGUGGCUUUGGUGAGCGGGUUUUCGAAGAACUUGCUCACGCUUUUCCUCGAGAAAGGCGGGGCGAUCGAUCCCGGGGAAGCGAGCGGGAUUGUCGAUGACGGAAAUGGCGGACGGUCGUCGGAGACGACGGCGGAGGAGAAGAAUCCGGUGGCGACGAUGGAGGCGGCCAUCGCCGGAGAAUUGUACCAAAGCCUUGUGGUGUAUGAUUGAUGUAAGUGAGAACGUAGGAGUUGUGUUUUGAACCUUGUCUUCUUUAAUUUUAUAUUUGAAUGAAGCUUUCUUUUCUUUUUUUA